GUCAGGGCUCGCGGCUGCCCCUGGACCCAGCACGGCAGGUGGGCUGCCCGAACCCCCGACCCCCAGCAUGGCGCAGGAGGCGGCCCCCGUCCUGCUGGUUGUCCUUGCCAGGCUGGUGUCAUCCACGUGGCACGAAGGGUCUGGCUAUUACACGGAGAGUCACACCAAUGAGGUGUAUGCAGAAGAAACCCCCGCUGAACCUGCCCUGGAUUACCGUCGAGUGCCCCAGUGGUGCGCCACACUCAACAUCCACCGUGGAGAUGCCACCUGCUACUCACCCCGGGGCAGCUCCUACCGCAGCAGCCUGGGGACACGCUGCGAGCUGAGCUGCACCCGUGGGUACCGGCUGGUGGGUUCCAGUGUGGUCCAGUGCCUGCACAACCGCCACUGGUCCGGGAUGGCGUACUGCCGACAAAUCCGGUGCCACGUGCUGCCAGCAGUGCUGCGGGGCUCCUACGUGUGCUCAGCUGGAGUGCAGAUGGAUUCCCGCUGUGACUACACCUGCCUGCCUGGCUACCAGCUGGAGGGCGACCGGAGCCGCAUCUGCAUGGAGGAUGGGCGCUGGAGUGGGACCGAGCCAAUCUGUGUAGACCUGGAGCCUCCCAAGAUCCGCUGUCCGGACUCCCGGGAGCGGAUAGCCGAGCCAGGCAAGCUGACUGCGACUGUCUACUGGGACCCUCCUCGCGUGAAGGACUCUGCUGACGGUGUCAUCAAGAGGGUGAUGCUGCGGGGCCCAGAGCCAGGCUCUGAAUUCCAAGGAGAGCAUGUGAUCCGCUACACCGCCCACGACCAGGCGUACAACCGAGCCAGCUGCAAGUUCAGUGUCCGUGUCCAAGUGAGGCGCUGCCCUGUUCUGAAGCCUCCGCAGAACGGGUACAUCUCCUGCACCUCCGACGGCAACAACUACGGUGCCACCUGCGAGUACCUGUGUGAUGGGGGCUAUGAACGCCAGGGCACCUCUCUGCGGGUCUGCCAGUCCACCCAGCAGUGGACGGGCUCCCAGCCCCUCUGCACACCCAUGCAGAUCAACACUGCUGUGAACUCAGCCGCCAGCCUGCUGGAUCAGUUCAAUGAGAAACGCCGCCUCUUUGUCAUCUCGGCCCCUGACCCCUCUAACCGCUACUACAAGAUGCAGAUCUCCAUGCUGCAGCAAGCCACCUGUGGGCUGGACCUGCGCCAUGUCACCAUCAUUGAGCUGGUGGGGCAGCCCCCACACGAGGUGGGACGCAUCCGGGAGCACCAGCUGUCCCUUGGCAUCAUCCAGGAGCUCAGGCAGUUCCUGCACCUCACCCGCUCCCACUUCAACGCGGUGCUGUUGGACAAGGCGGGCACUGACCGCGAGCGCUACAUCGCCCCCGUCAGCCCCGACGAGCUCUUCGUCUUCAUCGACACGUACCUGCUGGGCGAGCGGGAGGCGGCUCGGCGGGCACAGAGCGGGGACCCCUGCGAGUGAGACAGCACCAGGGAGAACCCCCCCCGCUCCACUGCCCUCAGAGGAUGGACACCUUCCUUUCUGCUUUUCUAGUCGCCCACCAUAGAGGAGAAACAGGGUGCCAAGGACCCCCAGGG